GGUUAGUGCAAUUAACAAAAAAAAAAAAAUACUAGAAAAAUCCUGUGUGCUCUUCGUGAGUUGCUGACUUGCGAGAGACUGCCGGAGAGACGAUGAACGGCGGAGACGAAGAAGAGAAGGGUUUGCUGUGGAAGCUACCGGCGAUCAAGUCCAGGGAAUUAGGAAAGCUUGGGCCCGGUUUUGGAGUCGGUAUCGGCUGCGGAUUCGGGUUCGGCGUCGGUCUCAUUGGAGGCACGGGAUUUGGUCCGGGGAUUCCUGGGUUGCAGCUCGGUUUUGGAUUGGGAGCCGGCUGCGGCGUUGGAUUAGGGUUCGGGUAUGCGGUUGGAAGGGGAAUUGCUUAUGACGAUAGUCGCAGAUACUCCAACGUCGGCCGUUUUUUUGACCGCAAUGCCAAUUUUCCUACUCAGAACGAGAUUGAUACCCUCAUUGAUGACCUCGUUGUAAACACCAAGAAGCUGAUCAGGGCAACUUCUCACGAGGUGGACAAAUGGAGGAGGGGACGGUGGUAGCGGAAUCCCCAACGUAGAUUUAUAUCAUUCUAGAUUCCUUGUAAUUUUCCAGCUACGUCGUAAAAAAAUGCUUCGAUUGGAUAUUAUUAUGACAAAUCUUAUGAUAUGAUGUGAAUAUGCUUGGAUUAUGGCUGGCACUUGUAAUGGUUUUAACCAUGUAAGUAUUUAACCACUUAAUGUGAAUUUCUUCAAGGAGGCAAUUCUCUCUAAAGCCUCAA